AUGAGAGUCCUUUUAGAGGAGCUGGCUUUGGACCCUCCUCCACCUCGUCAGUGGAUAGCAAGCGAGGCCUGGGCAACUGAUCCAAACCUGAUGAGGUUCAGCUUCUGUGCAGGGGCAAUCGGAGUAGCCAUUCAGCAAUCCGUCAUUCCAGGAUUGAGAGAUUUCCUUCUGGAUCUCUCUCCCUCUAAAGUGGCUGCUUCUUCAGUGCUGACUGAGUUCUGGGAGGAUGCAUUCAAUGGGGUACCGCGCAGAGACUGUGAUGGGACUGAAGAUAUUAAAAAGCUCAAAAGCCCAUGCACUGAAACAUCUCAGUUAAGAGUUAGUAAUAUGAUGUACAAGGCUGUGUAUGCGGUGGCGCAUGCCAUUCAUAAUGCAGUGUGUCAAGAAAUAAACGGAACCAUUCAAUGUGACAAACAGGUUAAACUGGAGCCCAGACAGGUUUUUAAAGAAUUAAAGGACGUAAACUUUUCCAAGAAUGGCUACCACGUGUCAUUUGAUGCUAAUGGGGAUCCUGUAGCUUUCUAUGAGCUGGUCAACUGGCAGAGAGGUUAUAGUGGAAUUAUUGAACUGGUAACAGUGGGGUACUAUGAUGCAUCACUUCCCACGGGCCAGGAGUUUCAUAUCAACAGAAACUUAACCUGGAUGGAAGGUGGCACACAAGUACCAGUGUCAGUGUGCUCCGAGAGUUGUCUCCCUGGAACUCGUAAAGUGCUGCAAAAAGGAAAGCCCAGCUGCUGCUAUGAUUGCAUACCGUGUCCUGAAGGGGAGAUCAGUAAUAUGACGGAUUCUCCUGAUUGCUUCCCAUGUGGCAAAAGGUUUUGGCCAAAUCCAAAGAAAGAUGCUUGUCUUCCCAAACCUGUGGAGUUUCUCUCCUUUGAGGAAAUUCUGUCAAUCAUCCUGGCAGCAUUGUCUGUUAGUGGGGCCUGUCUGGGUAUCAUAGUAGCAGUGGUUUUCUUCUAUCACAAGACAACUCCAAUUGUCAGAGCCAACAACUCUGAGCUGAGUUUCCUGUUAGUAUUCUCUUUAAUCCUUUGUUUCUUAUGUUCAUUAUCUUUCAUUGGAGCACCUUCUGAGUGGUCCUGCAUGCUGCGACACACAUCAUUUGGCAUCACCUUUGUUCUAUGCAUCUCCUGUGUUCUUGGGAAAACUAUAGUGGUUUUAAUGGCCUUUAAAGCUACACUUCCAGGUAGUAAUGCCAUGAAAUGGUUUGGGCCUCCACAACAAAGAAUGACUGUAUUGACAUUUACAUUUAUUCAAGUCAUUAUAUGCACUGUGUGGUUAGUUUUGAGUCCUCCCUUCCCAAUGGAAAAUAUAACCACAUACAAGGAGAAGAUCAUCCUAGAAUGUGCAUUAGGCUCUGCUGUUGGCUUCUGGUCUGUGCUCGGCUACAUUGGCUUGCUUGCUGUACUUUGCUCUGUAUUAGCUGUUUUAGCUCGGAAACUACCUGAUAAUUUUAAUGAAGCUAAGAUGAUAACAUUUAGUAUGUUGAUAUUCUGUGCUGUCUGGAUCACCUUCAUCCCAGCAUAUGUCAGCUCUCCAGGAAAAUUUACUGUGGCUGUGGAGAUAUUUGCCAUUCUGGCCUCUAGUUUUGGACUGAUACUGUGUAUAUUUGCUCCAAAGUGUUUCAUCCUUUUGUUUCAGCCAGAGAAGAACACCAAGAAAUAUUUAAUAAACAAAAACUAA